UAACUAAAAUAGCCCAACAACACCUAUUGUUCAACGUUUAAAGUUUUGAGUCCAUUGAGUGUUUUUAGUCGAAAACAACGAAAAUAAAAGGAAGGAACUGGGAUAUUGUAUUUUAACUAUUUGUCUUGGAACGUUUAAACAUAUCAGUUGCCGCAUAUAAGUGUAGCUACCACCAGUUCGGCACUGACAUAAACGCUGUCGAGAACGUAACUUACUUUCUAUGCAUCUCGCUCGUACUCGCAUAUAAGUGCAAGAGAGAUGCAUAGAAAGUAAAUUACAUUCUCGAUAGCGUAUAUGUCAGUUUUGACAAUGUCAGUGACUUAUUGUAAGAGUAAAGUUCAGGUGUCACGCGGGGUUGUCGUUGAGAUUCAAGAUGGCGAACACGUCUCUAGAAUAUUUUUUGUGUUUUGCUCAUUCAUGUAGUUUAAAGUGUAAUAUUGAUAGCUUAUUAUGCAGUGAACUAUCGUAGAAGUGUGCAGCUAAUGAAAAACUAAUCUUGAAACGCGUUUAACCAUAUUUUAAUCAACACCCGGCAAUCCAUCGUGGCUUUUAGUAAAGUCCAGCUAUCUCUUUACUAAAAGCAACUACCGAACAACGUCAUGCUCUACGAGCACACUUAAAACUUACAACAUAACUUGACAUUGGCAAAAUCAUCAUAGAUUUGAUGGAAGCCAUAUUUUAAAAGAAGAAGAAGAAGUGUCACGCGACAACGCAUCGGUGAAGGUUUCGGUUUCUUGUUGCUCUUGAAAUCGAGAACCAUUUUCUAGGGGUAUGAGGAUGUAGCAGCAUGAACGCGCCGGCAGCCGCGGCGCUUGUCCUGGCCGCGCUAGCCGCUCUGCCUUGCCGAGGCAUCGACGCUGACUCUUCUUCAAAUAGCUCGAACACCCCGAACCGCACAGAAAGUUCGCAACCUACUAUUAACAAAGUUUACCAAAUGCUUCACACAACUCCAGACUUAUUCAACCAGACGAUAUCCAAGACAAACCCUAGCAACUUACCUAGUUUUAAAGACAGUAUAAAUCGUACAUGUUGCCAUGAAGGCGAAAGUAAUAAUUUUAAAGGUGCUCAAUUUGUACAUAAUGCAUUAAAUAAAAGGAAUAGAAAAAGAGCUGUGAGUGUGAUAAAUGCUGAUCUAGAGACGACCACGACGGUCAUGCCAAAUCCACCUUUAAUGACGGAGCGACGUCAAAGGAAAUAUGGUGAGACAGGUUCAAGCGCACCGCUUUUGAACUACAUCUUCGAUACAUACUCCAACACGCAUCACCACAAAAACGAUAGCAGACCUGGGAACGGGAAUGGCAUCUACACGGCCGCCGCCCCAGAAAUAGAGGCCCUCGUGGGCUCCACUGCCAACCUGGAUUGCAAAGUCGACGCUUUGCAUGACAAAGUGGUGUCCUGGGUACGCAGAAAAAACGAUCAAGAACCUAUGGAACUACUAACCACGGGUACACAACAAUACACAGCUGACGACAGGUACUCAGCCCGUUUCAUCCCUCCAGACAUCUGGAGGCUACAGGUGAAAGAAGUCCGGCCGACUGACGCAGCCUUUUAUGACUGUCAGCUGUCGGCGCACCCUCCACGAACCGCACGUGUCACUCUGCGGGUACCGGAAGUGUCGGUGCGCAUAGUGGAUGGUGCAGGAGCGAAGGUCUCCGAGCAAGUUUGCGAACUAGGCAGCACUGUGGCGCUGCGGUGUGAAGUGCGGGGACUUAAGAUGGAAGGAGGACCCUCCCUGCUAUGGUUCCGGAGAGACACCCUGCUUAAUGACGAUACCACGAGGGGAGGAAUUAGUGUUCGCACCGAAUUCGGACUGAACGGCGCGAACUCCGUGCUGCGUGUGGCGCGCGUGCGCGGCGACGAUGCGGGCCGCUAUACGUGUAGCGUUGCGCGCGCGCCGCCCCCCGCACCCCCGCCCGCGCAGGUCAUUCUGCACGUCAUCAAAGGUGAAAGUCUAGCAGAGCUACACCAGGGCGGCAGAGCAAAGAGAUCAUUCGCGUGUGCUACUCUCGUGGCAUGGGCGCUUAUCUUACUUGUCUAGUUGUAAUUUAUUUACUAAUAAAAUGUUCAAUUAUA